GCAGUGCUGGCGGCCGAGGUGGUGAAGUUCUUCUUCCCCGCCAUGGUGCAGCUGCACAGCUAUGUGCCUGCCAGCUCCACGCCACAGAAACUCGCCAACUGGGGCCAUCUCAACAGGAAGGUGCUGAGUAAGCUGGAAUUCUCCAUCCCAGACGACGUGAUCCUGCAGGUCGUGCGGUGCCAGCCGGGCGCCGUGGAGCAGGUGCUGCUCCUGCUGCAGCAAAAGAUCAAGGAGAAGCAGAAGCAGAGCAAGGUGGUGCCUGGCCCAGGCCAGGGCAGAGGGGCCUGGGGGAAUGGGGGGCACCCGGUGCACUGGGUCCUGCUUGUGGGUGCCAUGGCUAAGGGGCUGGAGGGCGGAGAAGGCGAGGUGAUGAAAAGCCACCAUGGCGGUGCCCAGCCUCCCCUGGGCGACGCCGCCAUCCGCCAGCAGCUGGCAGAGAGGGAGGAGGCCCUGCUUCUGGCACAGGAGACCAUCCAGAUCCUGCAGCUGAAGAUGGGGAGGCUGGAGCAGCUGGUGCACCUCAAGAACGUGCGGAUAGAUGACCUCAGCCGGCGCCUGCAGGAUGCCCAGCGCCAACAGCGGUGA